UUCUCCUGCAGCUCUGGAUUGAUUGGCUCUCACUGUUUUCACCCAGUUCCGCGUUGCAGAGCAUUUAAAUCCUGCAGCAUUUCCUCCUAACUUCUACUCUCUCACCAGCUGCAGGACCAGAGAGAGACCAGCUACCAACAUGUCCGAUCAAGGCGUGUUCGACACCAACGUGGUCACCAUGACCCGGUUCGUGAUGGAGGAGGGCCGGAAGGCGAAAGGCACCGGAGAGCUGACAACGCUGCUCAACUCUCUGGGCACCGCGGUGAAGGCCAUCUCCAGCGCCGUGAGGAAAGCUGGCAUCGCCCACCUUUAUGGCAUCGCUGGCAGCACCAAUGUGACCGGUGACCAGGUGAAGAAGCUGGACAUUCUGUCCAAUGAUCUGAUCAUCAACAUGAUCAAGUCGUCUUUCACCUCCUGUGUGCUGGUGUCCGAGGAGGAUGAGAAAGCCAUCAUCGUAGAGCCAGACACGAGGGGUAAAUACAUUGUGUGUUUUGACCCUUUGGAUGGCUCCUCCAACAUCGACUGUCUCGUCUCCAUCGGAACCAUCUUUGCCAUCUACAAAAAGACUACAGAUGAUGAGCCCUGUGAGGAGGACGCCCUCAAGCCCGGCAGGACCCUUGUGGCGGCAGGCUAUGCCCUCUACGGCAGCGCCACCAUGAUGGUGAUCUCCACCGGCCGCGGAGUCAACGGCUUCAUGCUCGACCCAGCAAUCGGCGAAUUCAUCCUGGUUGAUCGGGACGUGAAGAUCAAGAAGCGAGGCAAGAUUUACAGCUUGAACGAAGGUUAUGCAAUGCACUUUGACCCCGCUGUCACAGAGUACCUGCAGAAGAAGAAGUUCCCUCAGGAUGGCAGUGAGCCCUACGGCGCCCGGUACAUUGGUUCCAUGGUGGCAGACGUCCACCGAACGCUGAUGUACGGAGGCAUCUUUUUAUACCCAGGAAAUGUGAAGAGCCCCCAAGGAAAGCUGCGGCUGCUGUACGAAGGCAACCCCAUGGCCUUCAUCAUAGAGCAGGCUGGCGGCCUGGCCUCCACUGGCCUGGAGCCCAUUCUGGACAUCCAGCCCGUGAACAUCCACCAGCGAGCUCCCGUGGCCAUGGGCUCGACCGAGGACGUCCUGGAAUACGUCGCCAUCUGCCAGAAACACGCCAAGAAGAAGUGAGACCGCGCCGACUCACUUUCACAACCAUCGCUGUCCGGCGAAGAACCUCGCAUCUCCAAGCUUGAAGUCUGCCGCGUUUUGAGCUUGAUAUAAAUUAUUCUUAAGCCCCAAAAAAUGUCAGGGGAUUUUCUCAGUUAAAUAACCAAAUUUGGAGUUACAAGGUUUUUAAUGCCAUACUGGCAAAUGUUCAUGUUCUGCUGACGGAUAAAAGAAAGAAGGAGGUUCAGUGGACACAUGAAAUCUGUAACUCAAUCAUGCACACAUUCCACCAAACAACUACCAAAGACCAAACGUGCCAAAAAAUGACAAUGAUGCACUUGAAUAAACAAAACAUGAAGACUUUUUCCUCCUGUUUACCUCCAGUUGUGCCUUUUUAAUUAGAAUGAACAUCCAUUCUAGACGUGUGAAGGACCAAAUAUGAACCUCUAUGCAACAAACAUGAUGCCUUUUUAUGAUGUGAACAACUACUGUUUGGAGUGAUGAAGUCUCUCAAUAAAUCCAAAUGAGUCUAAGAAGACAAAA